AUGUUCAAGUGCGUCUCAAAGCUCUGGUUUUCUCUUAUACGUUCUCGAUUCUUUAGCAACCGUUAUAGUGCGGUCGCAUCUCCACCACGACCAACUCGUCGUGUAUACAUGAGUUUCAUGGAGCACAUCUACUGUGAAUCAAUGGAUCUCUGCCCCAAACCAAGAAAUUCUCUACUGCAAUUGUUCUCAUCAUCGUCCUUGUCGUCGAAAUUCGACAAAGAUUCGAGCUUGCCAGGGAUGGGAGGACGCAUCAAUGUCGUCUUUCGAGGCUUGCUUUUAUACAAUGUUUGCAGAAAGGCGUGUAUCUACAAUCCCACCAGCAGACAAAGGGUGAUCUUACCAAUUGUUGAAUCCAACAUCUUUGCUCAAGAUGAAUUUUGUAAGAAUGUGGGUUACUUUUUCGGAUACGAUCCUGUUCUUGAUCAAUACAAGAUUCUCUGCACUGUUGUGAUAUCAUCUGAAAAACUCGAGAGGAUAACCUCAGAGCAUUGGGUCUUUGUACUAGAAGCUGGAGGUAUGGUCAAAACACCUCAUGCGGUGUUCAAAUUUCCAAGUGCAUGA